AAAAUUAUGCCCAAAUCCCAAAUCUAAAACGAUUCUAAGUAAACCGCAUGAAAGUAUUAAUAUUAUAAUAUUUAUUAUAUUUUUAUAAAUUAUAAUAUAAUAUAAUAUAUUUUCACGGUAAACCGUCCCCGAAAAAGCGAUCAUAACUAGAUUAAGAUUGAAUAUAAAAGACGUUUAAACAAAAUUUUCGUUCACCGCUGACAAGAAAUAUUCGUUUGGUGAAAUGGAUUUACAAAAUUUGGAGAACUAUCCUGUGUACAUAUUAAAUGUGAUUCCGGAGCUGACCGAAGAAAACAAUGUACAACUACCACACCAAAUGACUUCUGGAGAACUGAUGUCUUAUAACUUCUAUGUUCCUAGUUUUCACCAUCCAGUUCCAACAGUGAGUACUGAGUGUGUUCCCCCAAUAGCUUGUCACACAAGUUCUAUGAAGUCAACCAAAAAAUUAUCUCAUGACAAAACUAUACACCACUCGGCCAUAGAGAACUAUCAAUCUACUGAGCCACAUGUUAACACAUACUAUUCAGAAAAAUCUGUUAAUGAUGUAUCACUACUUCUAAAAGAUGAAGAUAUGCAUAAUGAUAAUAAUAAAGUAUUGAAGUAUGACCCAACGACUGAUACGAAUGUAAUUGUUCAUUUGGUAAGACCAUCUGAUUUAGAAACAAAUUGUAUUGAAAUAAAAGUUCCAAAACGAGGGCGACCAAGAAAACUGAUAAGUGAAUUAAUUAAGACUGAAAUAAAACAAGAGGAAUCUACAAAGAAGUUCAAACCAGAAGAUAUUAUAGAGUACCCAUUAACAUCUACAAAGUCUGGCCGCUUGUGUAAACCUCCAAAACACUUUUUAAAUGGUGAAAACGCAAUGGAAACCACCAAAAAGAACACAUUUUUAAUAGUUGACAAUAAUGACAUUAUUGGUAGAAAAAAAGUAAAAUACAAUGUUAAAUCAGAUUUUGUUUGUGGAGGAUGCGGUAAAACUUAUUUAGGCCAUAAACGAAUGCAAGAACAUUUAGAAAGGUUUCCUUCUCACAAGAUGAAUACAGCUGAAAAACAAGUGGAUUCAGAGUUACAAGAUAUUUUCCAAAACCUCCACGAAACACCAAUAAAUAUUGAUAUAAUUAAUAGUAAAAAAGAAACUCAUACUCAGACAGAAGUUGCAAAAAAUCUACAUUGUGCUUAUAUUAAGUCUAAAAAAAAUUUGCAGUUUCAUUUAAAACAAAUAAUGAAACAUCUGAAAAAAACGAACCUUAUGAAAUCAUUAUCUGGAACAAUAUCUGUUUGGGAUUUACUAUCUAGUACACUCGAGAGUGGAGGUCUGCAAGCAUUUUCUAAAGAGCUAAAUACACUAAUUAUAAAUUUAAGAAAUUUAUCAAAAUCUUUUAAAAUUGUGUCAAAUUGUGAAUCUAAUUCUAUUGACAAUAAUCAAAUGUUCAUAGAUGAUUCAUUAGGACAUUUGUUUGGCUUACCAAAAGGCUCUUACAGUUUAAAAGACAUUCAAAAUGAUUAUGAAAUGGAGCAAGAAUCUAAUGUUUGGGCUAUGGACUCCACAAAAUCUAUUGAACCCAAAGUUUCUACACCACAAAGUUUAAAUUGUCACUCUAGUCCUAUCCAUUUAAAUAUUUUUGAUAGUCAAUCAUCCAAGGUAGAUUUCUUACUUAGCUCUAGUAUGGAAGAAUCAAUAUUAUGCGAUGAAAAUCAAGCCGUUUUAGAAAGUGUAGAUGGACUAGUAUCUGAAAGGUUACGCUCAAUGUCUGAUCAUUUGCAUACAAAUGUUCCUAUAAUUGAUUAUCCAAUUGCAUCCACAUCAUCUGCUUCGAACGUCUCUCAACCACAUUCCUUUAUGGGUCAUGGAGUCUAUGAGGUCUUCACUAACGAAUUGAAUCUAGUUCCUACAUCUACUGAAGAGUUCAUUAAAAGCUUAGAACAGUUUGAACCCCUAAACGACACUGAGAACACACUAAGUACAGAAACAAGAAUGUUGGACUUUGAAGAUCUUCAACACACAUUUCACACUUCUUAAAGAGACAAAAUAUCAUUAAUUAAUUAAUAGUUAAAUUAUUCUUCUAUUGCUAAGAGUAAAAUAUUUAUUGUAGUUUUCUUUUAUAUAUAUUUUUGUGGAUCUGUAAAUCAUUAAUGUUUGAUAAGUCUAUAGCUUUGAACAAGAAUACUUCAGAUUUAACUAUUUGGAUUAAAUACAGUAAAUUGCAUUUUAAA